CAUGUGUCGACCUUUCAGGGAGGAUGCAGUCUGCGAGGGACGACAAGAUGGCUGUAAUAAGAAAGAGGUUCUCCUCUGUCUGCUCUCCUUCAUUGCCUGAGGAGAGCAUUGGGAGUCUCUAUGACACUGCACCGGUUCCUGCCUCAGAUCCAGACAAUGAGCAAGAACAUCCUUAUGCAUCUCUGCUUUGUUGUCACCGUGUCCAAGAUUCUUUGCUGAGCUCCAACAGCAGCUUCACUAAAUACAGAGGCAUCCUCAACUGGAUCAUUAUUCUGCUGGUACUGACUCAUGCUCAUUUGUUCUUGGAGAAUUUUAUACAACAUGGAUUUCUAAUAGAUGUAAAGAAAGUUUUGGAGCAUCUUAUUGAAGAUAACUGCAACUGGCCAUCAGUCAACCUCAUACUGGCUGCCAACAUGUUUGCUAUUACAGCCUUGCUCCUCGAGAGGUCUCAGGAGAAAGGCUUGCUGCUUCUCACCAAGGCUCACCAUUUACAUCUCAUAAAUCUGGGCUUGCUCAUGUUGUUUCCUGCUGCAGUCAUUAUACAUGAGCCAACAAUAUCAACAGGUGGAGCCUUCCUCUCUCUUUGGGUCUAUAGUGCUCUGGGGAUGAAGCUUUAUUCAUACCAGGAAACUAAUCGCUGGUAUCGACAGGCUCAUUUAACACAUGCAGAAACAGACAGGAAUGUUUCUGCUCUACAGGAAUCUCACAAUGAACAUCUCACUAUUAAAGAUCUGUAUUAUUUCCUCCUUGCGCCCACUCUGUGUUACCAGAGAGAUUUCCCACGUACUCCCAAAGUCCGCAUCAAUAAGGUGCUGCACAGGCUGCUGGAGAUGGUGAUUGUCAUCCAGAUAAUGGUUGGAAUUGUGCAGCAGUGGAUUGAGCCCAUCUUCCAGAGAUCUGAAAACUCCUUCCCUAGUAUGGACAUCCCUAUGAAAGUGGAGCAUUUGGUGGGACUGGUGGCACCAACCCAUUUCCUCUGGCUCCUCUUCUUCUUUUUGAGUCACUCCUACCUGAACUUUUGUGCAGAACUGCUGCGUUUUGGGGAUCGUCACUUUUAUGGAGACUGGUGGAAUGCAACAACUCUGAUCUUGUUCUGGGAGAAUUGGAGCAUUCCUUUUCAGAAAUGGUGUCACAGACACGUGUACACAAAGAUGUUGGAAAAUAAUGUGUCCCCCUCCCGGGCGGAGCUAUCGGUCUUUCUGAUGUCUGCAGCUCUUUCUGAGUGUAUGAUCGCUCUACCCCUGCAGAGCUGUCGCCUGUGGAUCUUCCUCAUGAUGAUAUUUGAGCUUCUGGUCGCAGUAUUCCUCAGAAACUAUUUUGAAGGAAACUAUGGCAAUGGUUUAGUGUGGUUGUGCCUGCUGCUGGGCCCCCCUCUGGCUGUGACCACCUAUUUUCAUGACCACUACAUCGGUUUCCCCCACAACCUGUCAUCUUCUUCUUCGCCACCGACUUCAGAACAAAAUCUUCACAGCAAAGUCUUCCUGCAGCUACGCUGACCCGAAGGAAAUGUUGGAGAGAAAUCUCUCCUUCUGUACUGUGAAAAUGUCUGUCCAAGGAUCCUGUUAUGAUCAACAGCCUUGACACUAUUAAGCAAUAUUUACUGUACUGUAUACUAGUAUGUUGUGUAGCUUUGUUUCAAGGACUUCUGUACUGAGAACUGGCUUGAGUACUGUACUGAUCCAACUAUGUUUUACACAUACUGUGUACAGAUAAUA